CAUGAUUUGGAAGGAUCAAAACCUUUCUCUCUCUUCACAGCUGGCACUUGAUUUACACACACAACCCCCUCUCUUACAUUUAAAACCCUUUCCUCUCCAAAUUAAUAUGUGAGAUUCAUUCAUUCAUUCAUUCAUUUACACACACACACCCACCAUUGGCCAUUGGGAUUUUAAUGGUCGAUCACUGCAUAUCAACGACAAUGGUUGCGUCUCCUUCUCAUGCCUGUGUAGAAAAGAAGUAUUGGUGGCUAACCAACAAGAAGAUCGUUGAUAAGUAUGUGAAAGACGCAAGAACCCUGAUUUCGUCUCAGCAACAAACGGAUAUUGAAGCGGCGCUUAAUCUUCUUGAUGCAGCGCUUGCUUUAUCGCCAAGGUUUGAACUGGCUCUCGAGUUGAAAGCCAGAUCUCUUCUCUAUCUUAGAAGAUACAAGGAAGUCGCUGAUAUGCUUCAAGAUUACAUCCCUAGCCUGAAAAUGUCUUCCGACGAUUCAUCAACAUCCUCUUCUUCCUCCUCAUCGGUUUCAUCCGACAACAACUCCCAAUCACUAUCGAGAGAACGAGUCAAGUUAUUGUCCUCCGAUGGUGGCUCGCCGGACCAUUCUGUAACGUCGUUCAAGUGUUUCUCCGUCUCCGAUUUGAAGAAGAAGGUCAUGGCUGGCCUCGGUAAAAACUGCAAUAAAGAAGGUCAAUGGAGGUACUUGGUUCUUGGUCAAGCAUGUUGUCACCUUGGCCUAAUGGAAGACGCCAUGGCUCUUCUUCAGACCGGAAAACGCCUUGCCUCAGCCGCAUUCCGACGUGAAAGCAUCUGCUGGUCCGAUGACAGCUUUUCCUUCUCCGCCGAGAUAUUCACCGACGGCUACCAGCCACAGACGCCACCAAGAACAGAGUCGGAGAGCAUCUGUCACCUCCUGAGUCACGUCAAACUCCUCGUACGUCGCAAAACCGCAGCAAUCGCCGCCCUAGAAGCCGGUCUAUAUAACGAAGCCGUCAGACAUUUCUCGAAAAUAGUCGACGGUAGGCGUGGUGCCCCUCAAGGGUUCCUGGCGGAGUGCUACAUGCACCGUGCCUCCGCUUACCAAUCCUGUGGUCGGAUCGCUGAAGCCAUAGCCGACUGUAAUCGGACCUUAGCAUUAGAUCCAUCUUGUAUCGAAGCCCUAAGCACGAGAGCUUCACUUUUCGAAUCGAUUCAUUGUCUUCCAGAUUCUCUUCACGAUCUUGAACAUCUGAAACUAUUAUACAAUUCCAUACUCCGUGAUCGGAAACUACCUGGUCCGGCAUGGAAACGUCAAAACGUACGAUACCGUGAAAUUCCAGGUAAACUCUGUUCUCUCGGAUCCAAGAGUCAAGAACUGAAGCAGAGGAUUGCUUCAGGGGAAACAGGGAAUGUGGAUUACCAUUCUUUGAUCGGUUUGAGACGCGGUUGUUCCAGAUCGGAGUUGGAGCGAGCUCAUUUGUUACUCACCCUCCGUCACAAACCAGAUAAAUCCAAUAGUUUCAUCGAUAGGUGCGAGUUCGCUGAUGAACUUGAUAUAGAGUCCAUUAGAGAUCGAGCAAAGAUGUCUGCGUUGCUGCUAUACAGAUUGAUUCAAAGAGGGUAUAACAAUGUGAUGGGGAUGAUUUUAGAUGAAGAAGUUGCAGAGAAAGACAGGAAGAAGGCUUCAACUGCUGCUGCAACAUUACAACAGUAUGAUCCAUCAUCAUCAUCAUCAGUAGUUGAUUCAAUUAAAAUGGAGGAAAACAAGAAAACAGGAUCCGUAUAUCAAGGGGUGUUCUGUAGAGACCUUGCAGCGGUUGGGAAUCUGUUGUCACAAGCGGGAUUCAACCGGCCAAUUCCGGUAAAAUAUGAAGGUUUAAGCUGUUAGGAUUUAAUUAAAAGCAUAAACAAAUAAUCAAAAACCGGUUAAUGUAUAAAUUGUGGUUGUGGGAAGACGUAUUAUCAAGGGGAGGGAAGAUCGAAACAAAUUCAAAUAAACGAAGCUUGGUGGAAGUCAUUUUUGUACAAAAUGGGACAAGGGAAGGGAAGGGAAGGGGACUACUCUUAAUUAAUUUACGUUUUACAAAAAAAAAAAAAAAAAAAAAAAGGGUUGGAAAAUUUUGUCUGUUUGUAGUUUCC